AAAUGUCAGUGUCAAACACACAAUUCAACCCCUUCGGAAAUCAUGAAACCAAUCUGAAAGAGCUGAAGUUACAGUUGGAGCAAGUUACUUCGAAAUCUGUUAAGCAGAUAGAAGACGUCAAAGGCCUAACUGUAACCCUGGAACGGCUAACAGAGAUUGCGAAGAACAUACCAGAAACGGCGAUUCAAUCUCUUAUUUCUGAGAUUGUUGCAUCUUUCCCAAAAUGUGUUUCCGUACUCGGUGAAAAAAAGCCAGAAGACUUGAGAACAGCAUCAUUCAUCAGCCUACUCCGAAGAUUGAAUCAAUUUAUUCAAACUAUCGCAGAUCGCGUAACGAAACCGUUCGAUUCAGAUGUAUUAAAGGAAUGGGCACCGAUUUUCGUAUCGCUUUUAACUGGAAAACACAGUGCUUUGAAAGAAAAUGGAGCUUUGUUGUGGAAAAAAACAUUUGGAACUGUGAAGAACAAUCUCAUCUGUCCUGAAGACUUGAGGGGAAUCCUCGACAGUAUGCCUAAAAGGUAUGCGAUUUCUGUGCCGCAAUCCACGUCGUCCAAGACAGAUGGUUAUUUUUCUGAUGAUGAAGCUAUGGAUGGACUACCAACCUCUUCUGCUGCUGGUGCCGGAAACAAUUUUAAGUUUCCUAAAAUCAAGACGGAAGUUAUUGAAAGCCAGAGCUCGUUUCAAUUUUCUCAACAGCCCGUUGCGGAUGAAGUAGCUGAAAAGCUUCUUAAAGAGCAGAAGCUGAAAGCUGAAGAGACUCAAUCUCCAAAAACGUCUUCCACUGAGACAUCUCGACGACGUACGUCUAGAAUGGCUCUGAUAGAUGAAGACAGUUGUGAUUUCGUGGCAAUUUUGACAUCCCCUGCCACUCGGAAGAAUCGUCUGACGGACCGACAGAAAGAAAAAUUGGAGGAAGUUUCUGGACCGCGGACCACGAUCAAUUACAUGGACGAAGAGUCACAGAAUGGUUUUGUGAAAACAGAACAAUUCAAAAAGGCGCUGACCGCCAUGAAUUUCGAAGUUGAAGAUGAGAGCGUUAGUGCUCCAACUUCGAAGAACUCGGAAAAUCCUGAAAUUUUGCCAAUUGAUGAGAUUCCCACAGUGCAUGUGGAGUCUGCGAAAAGUGAUAAAACUCCGGAACCCGUGAAAAAGACUAAUAAGAGAAGACGCCUUUUCCACGAUCAACCAGUCUCUGCAUUUGCUACCGAAUCAUCGAGAAAACCUGAAAUUGCCAACAACGAUCUUGGAGAAAUUCUGGAAAAGUUGCCAGAACACGCAUCGACAAAAUCACCGGAACAAAAGCGUGGAAGAAAGGAUUCAGCGAUAAGUUGUGAAACAUCUGAUGACAUUUCUGAUUCUAUGAAAUCAAAUGAUAGCCGAACAAUCAUUACUCAACAGGAACAUGCUGUAGAACAAAAAUCUCGAAAAAAGCCAGGCCGGCCAAAGAAUUCGAGAAAUCGUUCAGAAACAACUAGAAAAAGUGGGAGACUGUCCGCAAUUCAGAACAACGCGUGUGUAACGUCAGAAUCGUCAAUGUCCAACGAAACUGGCGAUGUUGAGAAGACUGACGACAAGAAAGAAAGCGUGCAAAAUAUUCCAGAACAAGAAGCUGCAGAAAAGAAGGAAGUUGAUACCACUAUAAGCGAUAAACGGUUAUCUGAUACUGAAGAGGCGAUUGAAGAAAAUAUUGUAAAGUCACCACCGAAAACGCCACGAACUCCAUCUAUUCUCCGCGUUGGUAAAAGAAUGAGCACGUCUAGCUCUCCAAUGACCGAAAGAAAGAGAAACCGAGUUCAUUUCGGAGAAGAGUCUCUUCCUGUGGAUGUGGUUUCGUCUCCUCUCACACCACGACGACGUCCACUAGCCGAAGCAGCAAAAAAUCCGUUCGUGGAAGCGACUGUGGCUGCCAGUAACAGCAAUCUGUCAGAUAUUCAAAGCUCUACAAACGAUUCUUCGUUCUAUCCAACACUUGCGGACUGUCGCGACAAGAUUGACCGCAUCCUGCCAAAUUUGGUUACGCUCUGUAUGAAAACUGUCCUGGACUCUGCAAAACGGUCCUUAUCGGCAGUGGGAGUUAAGACCGUUGGAGACUUUGCGUCGCUCUCAAAAUCUGACAUUGAGAAGUUCACGUGGAUCAAAGGAAGAGUUGUUGGUGCUAGGAACGUAUUGAUGCAGUACGAGAAAACACGUAAUGCAGAACGACGAGAAGAAAUUGUUGAUGGCUCAGAAGAAAAACCAAUGGAUGUCGCUGAUGCUAUCCCACCUGAAAUAGAAGCUGUUUCGCCUUCAUCAAAAGAUUCGCAAUCGGUUCCUAUGGAGACUAAAGACAAUUCGCCUCCAGCAAAUGAAGUUAUUGCUCAAGAGUUACCAAAAGCCUCUCCAAUAUCCAACACUCCUUCGGUGGAGUCAACACAACCAGCACUAAACGUCCAAAAGACUCCUGAAGCAUCGCAAUCUCCAGCAAGUCCGAUUUCUUCAAAUACUGGAUCAUCUACUUUCACUGUCGAUCCCACUCCUGUUCAAAAAGACCUGUCCGUUGUUCUCUCUCGCAAAAAUUUGGCGCCAAUAUUUUGUGGUGGGCUGAAAAAUUUCAAAAAGGAACAACUGUGUCCACAAAAACAAUGUGAAAAGGCGAAGGAUGCGGAGAAGUCUUUCGUAGAAGAUGGACGCGUUUUGCAUAGAAUCUGUGUCAGUCUAUCAAACGCUCACACACAAAAUCAUUGGCCAAGUGAAAAUUCGUCCAAACUUCUGUCCAACAUCAACAAGGCUUCAAUACUUUUCAAGAAUCUGGUACAAACACGCGGCGCCGGCGAUUGGGAUGACACGGAUUUAGAAAAUGAUGAUUUGUCAACUGCCGAAAGUGAUGUGGCAACUGACGUUGAUGUUCUUGUAGCAGUUUACAAACGAUUUUCACGCCAUCACACGUCACCCAUGGCUAAUAAUCUUCCAUGGAGAAGUGUCAUGGAAUGUGUUAACGAAGCAGCGUGUCUGUUGGAAAGUAUAUUUCUUACGAGAGCCCCAAAUAAAGGAAGUAUGUAACAAUUUUAUAUCGAAACAUUAAUAUCAUUUUAAUCAUUCCCAUUACAUUAUUAAUCAUUUUCACUUUGUGACAUUUUUACGGAAAAACUCUGUGCGUAAUACCAUAUCUUUUGAUUUGACAUAAUAAAUUCUCAAUAUAUUUAAA